AUUUGAUUUAGAAAUAGAAAAUAAUAUUGUUGAAGCAGCUAAAGGUUUAUCUGGAACUUCAUUAGCAAAUAUAAAACUAGAAUAUAAUAAUAAUUUUCUAGUAAAGGUUGAAUAUAGUGGAUAUAUUUGUCCAAAUAUAUUAGAAUAUACAAUCCCUCAAUUAAUAUUGAUAAUUUCAAUAGAUAAUGAUAACAAAAUAGAAGGCAUAAAUAAAUAUGAAGAAAGUACAAAAGAAAUAGGGAUUGUUGAAGAAUUAGAGAAAGAGGAUAUUCCAAAAGUUCACACUAUACAAAAUUGGAUAAGUUCAUAUACUUAUGCUUUUAAGCAAAAAGCAAUAGAGUAUGAAUUAAAAACUGAAUUAUAA